GCGGUGACGUCAAGGCAUGCGCGGCGGCGCGGGCGCAUGGCGGGCGCUGAGGGAGGAGAGGGAGAAGGAGCCACCGGCGAUGGAGGCGUCGAUGGAGGCACCGGCGGAGGUCGCAGCCCCGCGGCCCGCCCGGCCCUGGCGCUCCGCGGGGCCGUGAUGGUGGCCAGCGGCGGGGGGCGGCUGCUGGCGGCGCGGUGUGGGGAGCCCGGUGGUGAGAGUCUCUUCGUGUACGAUUGUGUCAGCGCGGAGAAGACCUUGGGAGAUAAAGGGCAGGAUGGAAAAGCAACAGAUAAAGGAACUGAUGACAUCCUGGCUUUUGCCUUCUCCCCAUCAGGGGAUUAUUUUGCCUUGACAGAUGACAACAAACGUCUGAUCCUGUUCCAGACAAAGCCUUCCUGGGAAUGUGUUAGCGUCAGGUUUGUGAACAGGAGAUGCACAGCCCUGGUUAUUACAGCUGCAGAGGAUAAGAUUUUCGUUGCAGACAAGUCUGGUGAUGUUUAUUCUUACUCAAUAACAGAACCUCAGGCAGAUGGAAAACUUGAGCUGGGUCAUGUGUCUCUGCUGUUGGAUGUGGCUCUGAGUCCUGAUGACCAGUACAUCCUCUCUGCAGACAGAGAUGAGAAGAUCAGAGUCAGCUUGACAAAGGCUCCUUACAGUAUUGUAUCCUACUGUAUGGGACACAGAGAGUUUGUAAGCAAAAUAUUUGUAAUACCCAACUGUCCUGAUCUGCUGUUGUCAGCCUCUGGGGACUCAACUCUGAGACUCUGGGAGUAUAAAAGUGGAGAAGAAGUGCACUGCUGUCAGCUAAGCAGCAUCUGUGGGCCUGAGGCAGCCAAAACUGACCAGAAAUACACCGUGUCAAGAAUAACCUACUGCUGUCAAGGUGGUUAUGUUGCCAUUCUAUGUGACAGUAUUCCCACAGUCUACAUCUUUCAGCUCGAUGCCACUGCCCAGCAGCUCGUUUACAAGCAGCAAAUCCCUUUGCAGCAUAAAGGUUGGGACAUUGCAUUUGGGGAAAUGGGAGAUCUGUGGAUUUUGCAGGAAGACAAGGAAGCUCCUCUUCAGUUGUACAGAGCAUGUGAUGGACAGUGGAAGGCUGUAACUGAUGACAAAGGAUUGCAGAAGAUGUCAAAAUAUAUUCAAGACAACUGGAUGGUGUUUGAAGGUUUUGUUGGUGCAGGAAGCUACUACAGACACCUCUACAAGGCUUCAUUUGAUAACAUGGAUGAAUAUCUACAGAGGAAGGAGGAAAGGUUACAGCAGCAGAAAAAGAAAAGGCAGAAUCUACAAUGUGGUUCCAAUGGACAGACAAAAAAAAAGAUGAAGGCUGAAGAGUCGUCGCUAUGACUGUUGUUAACUUGUACCUUUUGCCUUGAUGAAAGGUGGUGAUCCAACUGCAGACUGUUUUUAUAUGUAAAAUGUAUUCUGGAAGAAGACUGGUUUAAACUUUUAUUCAGGUUUUCAGGUAGGCUGAUGUGACAACAUCCUGCUUGCAGCACAUAAUGCAUUUACAAUAUGCCUAAGCUUUAGCAGCACACAGUGUUAGUGGUUCAGUCCUGGGAAUCUCUGAUGCAUGAUAUAUGAAUAUUGGAGAUGGUAUUUUCCUUAAAACAGGAUCUUCUUUUUGCCUACUGUGUUCAGGCUUUCUUCUUCAGGUGGAAACACACCUGAUGUGAUUUUCUUUUGGUUUGGUUUUGGGUUUUUUUAAACUUUCUAAAAGUUUUCUUAGUUAAUGUAUCUAACUUAGUGUACCUGGCUAUGGGAAAGGGAAUGUAGCAAAAUUCUUGCUGUAUAUGAGAAGUUUUAGCUGAGAAUUUCCCUUUGUCUUCCCUUCAGUCUAUAUGGUUGGGAUUCUACCUAGUUUCUAAUCCAUAGCUUCUUACUUGUGAAAUAUUUCUAUAGGAAGAAGUGCAAAAGUUGAUUUUAUAUCUACAAAGUAAAAGUAAAAUGUGUCAGUCAACUUUUGUGUUAUUGGAAGACCCUUCUAUUGCAAUAUGAUCCUGCUGUGUCUGUGAAAAUCAUUUGAGAGGCCUGUGAGCAAAACCUGGAGUGCAUCCUGCUUUCUUCAGCAAGAACUCUUCCAUGUUGCAAUUAGCCAAGAAAUACAUCUUUUUGAAAAGUUAUCAGCCAGAGGCUUAGGGGAUCACUUGUUGCUUCAUCAUGGGGCAGAAGAUGUGUUCAUCUACCAGAUGGUAUCAUGUCCUGUAUGGAAUAAAAUGUACUUUACAAAACCAGGUGUAGAAAUCUGUACAAUCCAUUAAAAGCAUUCAGAAUGAACCUAUGAACUGUGAA